AUGUACAUUAGAAAUAGAAACACUAAAAAACAUAAAAACCAAAAACAAUUGAAAGCUAAUUUAAAAACAAAAACAAUAGACAGAGAAGAACAUGGAGAAUCAGAAAAUAAUUUAAAACUAGAAAACAUUUUUUAUCUUGAAGAUAUUGAGGAAGUUGAAGCUGCUGAAAGUAAAGAAGAUUCAGAUCGCGAGAAAUCAGAAAUUAAUGAAAAACAUAAAGUUAGUUUACACAUACCAAAAGGAAAAGCAUUUGUUAUACCAGUUGAAGUAAAAGGUUAUUCAAAGAAACAUGUUAAUGCGUUAAUAGAUAGUGGAGCGCAAAGUCAUUUUAUAUCAAAGAAGUUAGCUGAAGAAAUAGGCUUGGAUAAAGAUUCAGUUGAAGUUGAACCAAUAGAGAUACAAGUUGCGUUAAAAGGAAGAGGUACGAAAACAAAUAGAGCUGUACAAAUACCAUUAGAAGUUAAGUUAGAGAAUGAAAGAAAUAUAGUUACAAAUAUAUCAACGUAUAUUGUUGAAGGAUUAAAGGAUCAAAUAUACUUAGGUUUACCAUUUGUUAAGAAGUAUGCUAAGUAUUUACCAUGGGAAUCAGUUGAAGUUAAUCAAAUAGGAGAUGCUAUUGAACAUCAAGAAUUAGAUUAUCAAAAGACAGAAAGAAUUAAAGGAACAAAGGAAAAAGAUAAGGAGAAAGCAGGUACAGAUUUUAGUCAAUUAUUAGGUUUAUUUGAAUUAGAUACAGAGCCGCCGAAUACCGUCAGGAGGGACGAAGAGAAAACCAUCACCAGGAAUACAAAGGAUUAUCAGAAGUUAGAGAAAGUAGGUUAUGCCGUCAGAAAUAAGGACGAAGAUUCGAAAGGACUAGGAGGUAUUAUGAAGUCUAGAGAAUUAAUGGAUAGUGAACAGUUGAAGCAAGAAGAUAACACAGAGUUAAAUCAAAUAAAAUUGUGA